AUGGAAGCAGUUUCGGCCGAUAUUGGAGACCGGUUGUUCUCUGGCGUUGCCUUGCAAUACAAUGUUCUGAGAGUUUCCAGUGGCGUUGAAACACUAGGUUCGGUCCAGACCCACCUGAUGCUGUGCUCAGUUGCCUCAUGGGCCAUCUUGUUUCUCUGUAUGAUGUCCGGAGUCAAGUCAUUUGGAAAAGUUGUGUAUGUGACAGCGGUGGUGCCAUACAUCCUACUGACGGUACUGCUGAUCAGGUCCUGCAUGAUGCCGGGGUCCCUGGACGGCCUUCUGUAUUUCCUUAGACCUGAUUUCUCACAACUAAACUCUGUCCAGGUGUGGCUGGAGGCGUUGCUGCAGAGUUUCUACUCGAUGAAUACAACCUAUGGCGGCCUCAUCACCAUGGGCAGUUUCAACCCCUUCCACAAUAAUUGUCUCAGGGAUGUGAUGGUGAUAACAAUCAUUGGCGAGUUGAGCAGCAUCUUCUGUGGUUUCACUGUGUUCUCUACUCUCGGAUUCAUGGCCAGUGAGGCUCAGGUACCCAUCUCUGAAGUCGUAUCCUCAGGUCCGUACGUCUCUUAUCUCAAGCAACGAAUGUAG